UUGCCGAUUUAUGCCUGCCUGCACCAGUUUGGUGAGAAAAUAGUAUUUUCCGAUUCAAUCAAUGCGGACAAACGGAUACACAAGACUUUCUUCCAGCACAGAGACUAGCCGGUGUUUAUUAUGGGGCUGACGAGUCAAUUAGGUAAUAACAGCGACCACCACAUCAAAACAAACAGCUGCGCAGCGAAUGCCGUCAGUUUAGGCGAGCAGACGAGAUGAGCGGAUAUCGUCUGCUUCAGUUCUGCUAACUCCGUGCACGUGGCGGAAUAUGGACGAUAAAGCACACGGCCCCCGCUACGGCAAUGGGGGGAAGGAUGUCAACAUAGCUGUACUGGGACUACGUGGUGUCGGCAAGUCAGCUCUGAUAGUGCGGUAUCUGACGAAGAGGUUCAUUGGAGAUUACGAUCCGGAAAUGGAGGCCAUCUUCUCUCGCGCUGGAGUCGUGGACGGCAAACACGUGACCAUCAACAUCAUGGACACGCAGUGGCACGUAAGGCCUGACUCAUAUAAGCGUCCCCUGCGGAACACGGCACCCAGCAACGGACUUAAGGAGGAUCCGAUCACCUGGGCGGACGGUUUCCUAUUGGUCUACUCAGUGACGGACCCGGAAAGUUUUCAGUUUGUUGUGGACUUGGUGGACCGUCUCCGAUUGGCUAGAGAAGAUGAGAGACUGCCAAUCGUUAUCGCUGGCAAUAAGUGUGACCUUAUACACAUGCGUCAACUGACGCUCCAGGAGUGUACCGGGUGGGCGCAGGAACAUAACUGCCUCCACUGUGAAGUGUCGGCUAGCGAUGACUGUGACAGUGUGUAUGAGGUGUUCAAUAUACUGUGUCGACAGGUGAAGACGGUGCAUAAGAAACGAGAAAAACUUACUUGGAUCAUGCAGAGGCCGGCCGUGGCGGCCAAGUUACAAAUCAGACAAUCUCUUAGAAACCUUGCUGAGCGGAAAUGGCGAUCGAGGACCUCAACAUUGUGACGAUGUGUGGCAAUUGGUUCCUUUCGUCUCCACGUUUAUUCCAUUUACUCAAAUAUUUAAUGACAUUAUAACCUGGUGCGGAGGUUCCCACACACUCGGACAUAUACGUAAUGCUCUCAGAUACAGGUCGCCUUUUGAUUUUGUCGUUGACUGACUAUGCCUUACACGUGGAUGAACCUCAGCUUUAACACAGGGCACUUGGAUUCAAAAAAGAAAAGCAUGCAAGUUAUAUUCUUUGAAUGGAAACCGAUUGGUUCAUCGGAGACAGCCAUGUCUGACAGCUACAGUAGAUGCCUUGACCCUGAAGUAUAAGCUUGGCCUCGUUAUGGAAAUUCGUCUGUGACCCGUAUUAUUUAGAACGAUCCCGCAAUCUCAAAUCUGGGGGUUACCAAUCCCUGUGGUCGAUUUGUUUUCCUUAUUUCACGAAUGUAUAUUUUAUCCCCGAUUAUCAUUGCAGUAUCAACGUAGCCGCUGCAUGUAGCCCAUGAGCUUGAUUCUCCUACCUUGAGUGUGUGGGACUAACGUACGGUGGUUAAGGCCUUGGGCUGAUACCUCAUGGACGAGAGUUAGGUAAGAAACCGCUACCAAGGACCUUCAAAAGAAACUGUGACCGGACUUUAUGGGUUGAAGUAGGUCUGAAAAACAUACAGGAACUGAUUAAUCAGCUGGAAACCCGCUCUUCUCAUCAUCCUGCUUCGUCAUAUCUGGGUGAAGUUGGCGGAACCUCUGACACUAAGGUGCGCAUCUUGUCUCGCCAUGGGGCGGUAUUGCCCGCCUGUAGAAAUAUCUUGGUUGGACACACGCGAAGUAGUUUAAUAUCGUUUUCUGUACAUGAACAGAUGCCAAUACGUUCGAGAGAUACUCAUUUGACUAACACGACUCUGCAAUAUACAUUUUUUAGUUUAGCCCUAAAAGAUUAUUUAUGUGUCCGUGUCAUGCUCUGGAUAUGUCUCGCCUUCGGUCCCAGCGUCAACACCAGGAACAGAAACGACGGGUAUGGGGUUUAACGUCGCGUUCAAGAUUACUGCUCUUAUAUAACGACGUGCAUGCACGUGUGUUGGUGAGUGGCUGCUUGUACUAGUCCCGAUUUGAUGCCUCUUAUUUAGUGCUAGCCCAC